GUCAAAAAAUUGAACACACCAGCAGUGUGAGGAGACCUGAAAGUGGCACAUGGCAUGGCAGAGUGUGGCGAUGGAGACAGCAGCAAUGGGAGGCCGUACAGGGACCCAUGAGAGACUCUGGACCUGGCAGCAGCAUGAGGAGGCGGUAUAUAGGGGCCCAUGGCAGAUUAGGGGCCUGGCAGCAGCUAUGGGAGGCCCGUAAUCUGCCAGCACCCUAUGUCAAAAAAUUGAACACACCAGCAGUGUGAGGAGACCUGAAAGUGGCACAUGGCAGAGUGUGGCGAUGGAGACAGCAGCAAUGGGAGGCCGUACAGGGACCCAUGAGAGACUCUGGACCUGGCAGCAGCAUGA